AUGGCCAGCCAACCUCACCUUCACUGUUGUGCCACAUGCAAAUCUGCCGUGUCCGACGACCCAUUUGGCCAUCUCGUACGCGAUAUCCGCCAGUACUUGGGUCCAUCUUCCGGUAUCGAUUCGGCCCACGUCGACCCUGACCACAUCAAGACACUCAUGGCCAGAUACACAUCCAACCCCAAACAUUGGGAGCGUUAUGCUCGUGCAGACAAGAGCAGGGGCUACACGAGGAACAUUGUCGACAACGUUAAUGGCAAAGCGAACCUGAUCCUCAUCGUCUGGAAUCCUGGCAAAGGCAGCUUGAUCCACGACCAUGCCGAUGCCCACUGUGUCAUGAAGAUUCUCAAGGGCAACCUCACAGAGACCAUCUACCACAAGCCAGAAAACGGCGACACUACCGUCCACCCUCUGCAAGUCAAGAAGGAGACUGUGUACCAUCCUGACGAAGUCACCUACAUUUCGGAUCAAAUCGGCCUUCACCGUGUCUUCAACCCCGACCCAAUUCACCCUGCCAUGUCGCUACAUCGUGAGUUGUUCAACAACCAUGCCGUGUCUGUCAAUCCAUUGCUUACACUCUCGAGCANNGUAUACACUCCUCCAAAUGCUGCCGAGUUUGGCUUCCACGUCUACGACGAGCGAACAAGCAAGAGCUCCUUCGUGCCCCCUCAGUACUGA